ACUUCGAAUUCUUGUUUGUAAACAACACAAACAAGUGAACUGCAGUUACUAAAAAUAUUAGCAAAAUGUUAAAAUCGGAAUUUUUAAAGCCCUAUAACAAUUUCAAAUGUGCUGAAAUAUACUGUAUGUCACCUCCAGCUGUCUUCAAUGUGACCUGCAUUUUGUGUGACGAGAAACUUGACUUCGGUCAAUUUGUGGACCAUUUCCAAAGCCAGCAUCUAACGUUGGUAGAAGAGAGCAUCAGCCUUGAAGAUGUGUUGGGGUCACAAGACCAACAGUUAACCAAAGAUUCCUUGCUUACAGAUGACAUUGACAUCAAAGCAGAAAUUGAUAAUGAUCCCAUCAAACAAGAAGACUUCUCGAAUAAUUACACUUCAGCACUCACAAUUGAGAAUGGAAUAUGGAAUGAAAUUUCGUCUGAUGAGAUAGCCGAGGAGGAUGAGGACACACCCUUGCAGCAGUUAGUUAAUGAAAGUAAAAAAAGAAAAUCCAAUUUUGUAUUGCAAAAUGAGGUUGUUAAAACAUGCGGAAAGGUUCAAAGCACUUUAAAUCCCAUUGAGGAAGACCAUAAUCUGGAAGCAGAAGACACAGAUAGAAGCGAGGACAAUUAUUCAGAAGAGGACGAAUGGACGGAUAUACCAAAACGCCGUAAAAAAAGUAAUAAUAGCUCCAAAACCAACGACGAACGUCCUUUCAAAUGUUCCCUUUGCUCACGAUCAUACCUUACGAAGCAUGCUUUGCAAAAACAUAACUCUUAUUCCCAUAAUCCUAAGAAACAAGACAGUAAGACGCCCAAAACAGUACAUAAAUGCGAUAUAUGCAAUGAAGUAUUUCGUUCAGAAAUAAUAUUGAGAGCACAUAAAUUUAAACAUACUGGCAUAUUUUGUGAUAUUUGCGGGAAACCCUUUAGGCAUGUCGGCACCAUGGUGAGCCAUAAAAUACGGCAUACCGGUAUUAAGGAAUUCAAAUGUGAAGAGUGUCCCAAAGAGUUUUUUACGCUCAAAGAACUAAAAGCGCACAUGUCUUGUCAUACUGGAAUGCAAGUGGUUUGCGAAAUUUGUGGCAAAAAGUGUAGAGAUCGUGGAGUGUUGACCGCUCACAUGCGAAGACAUACCGGCGAGAGACCAGCCAAAUGUGAAGUAUGCGGCAAAAGUUUUUUCUCCGUCUACGAUUUAAAUGUCCAUGCUGUUGCCCAUACCGAUGAACGUCCAUUUCCAUGUGAUAUCUGCGGCUCUAGGUUUCAACGCAAGAAGGCUUUGCGUAUCCAUAAACGAAUACAUUCAAAAAAUAGUGGUAGUCAUCACUGCAAAAUUUGUGGUAAAUCCUUUGCCCAGUCUAGUGGAUUAAAUUCUCAUAUGCGAUCACAUGGCACUGCCAUGAACAAAUCCGAUACUAAAGAUGUUACAACAACGCUUAUGGUACCAUCCGAAUUUAUUGGAAAUCCAAUUAGCAGUGUGGAUAAUGAGGGAGUACCUGGAACAAGUUCUAACUGUCCAAUGAUUGUUAUUUCUCUUUCUAGUAUGGAACAAGAAAAGCUAUUAAACACAUAUGAUUUAUAAAGAAAAUGGGAAUAAAAUAAAGAUAUUUGUCAUAUACAUUGCUAACGUAGCUUAAUGGUAGUGAAUCAAUUCAAUAUGUAAAUUGGUAUUUUGAAUUCGAAAUAUUUGAUUCUCUAUAAAAUAUUUCCAAUACCAAAAAUAAAGUUACAUUUUUUCAAAA